AUGUGUAGAUCGAAGUUUGUUAAAAGUGUAGAAGUUAACAGCACUGAUAUCGAAAGCGAUGAAUUAUCAAAUGAGAAAUUAUGUGAAAAUGCUGAGAGAGAUUCUUCAUAUUAUAAUUCAAACAUUGCAAAAAUUAGAAAUAUAUCGCAUGUUUCAAAACCAUCGACAGUAAAUUUAAAUAUUUUUAAUGACGAUGUAUGUUUCAAAAUUGAUUCUGGUGCAGAUGAAACUGUGAUAGCUACAAAAACUUACAGGAAUCUUAAAAAAAACAAAGAUUUAAAUUUGGAGUCAAUAGAAACACGGUUGAUGGGUCCAGGUGAUGCAGAAUUAAAAGUAAAAGGUAUAAUUAAAGUGCCACUUAUAAAAUGUAAUGGUGUUAAGAGGCAUGUCAAAAUGUUUGUAGUGAGAACCAGUGAGAAUUUAUUAGGUCGCCCAGUUAUUGGAAAAUUAAAAAUGAUGUAG